CCGUCUGCACGGCUCCCCAUUUUCAGCAUCUGACAAAAGUACAUCCAAACUUGAAUUAAAUUACAGUACUACCCUUAUAAUAUAAUAUAUUGGAUAUACCAUAUUUAUAUGAAGUAAGUUCUCUUCCAAGUUCCAACGCCUUCAAUUCGCGAAACAAACCAGAGGAAAAAGGAGCGAGCAGAAGAAAGAAGAAGAAGAAGAAGAACAAGGAAAAUAUGUUGACGGUAGCCACCACCGGCGGCGACUUGAGUAGUGGAGAGGAGGCGCCGGCGAGUCCGGCGGCUAGGUUAUUUAACGUGCCGGGACUGAAGUGUUACAUCAUCGCCGUUAUGGGGUGCAAGACUAGAAUCGAUCCCGGCGUUGUCAUUGAAGGCCUGAAGCAUACCUUGAUCAAACACCCUCGGUUCUCUAGUAUACUGGUGGGAGAGAAAAAUAACAAAAGAAGACUAAGAUGGAUCAAAACAAAAGUCAAAGUAGAAGAUCAUGUAAUCGUCCCGGACAUAAACCCAGAAAUGGAAUCACCAGAAAAAUUCAUAGAAGACUACACAUCCAACUUAACAAAAGACCCUAUGGACUUCUCUAAGCCACUAUGGGAGCUUCAUCUUCUCAACGUCAAAACUUCCGACGCCGACGCCGUCGGCAUCUUCAAGAUUCAUCACUCAGUCGGCGACGGCAUGUCUCUCAUUUCCCUCCUCCUUGCUUGCACCAGAAAGACUUCCGAUCCCGACUCGCUUCCCACCGUGCCGGAGCAACGGAAACAGUCGACCAACAGUUCAUGGAAGAGAUUUUGGUGGGUAUUUAUGGCGAUCUGGUCGGGGUUGGUAGUAAUGGUGAAUAGCGUGGUGGAUAUUUUGGUGUUUGCUGCGACGAUGUCGUUUUUGAAAGACACGAAGAAUCCUUUAAAAGGUGACGGUGGAGAUAACAGCGUUAGGGUUUUUAUUUACCGGACGAUUAGCUUGGAUGAUAUCAAGCUGGUAAAAAAUUUCAUGAACGUGACUGUUAAUGAUGUCAUACUCGGGGUGACACAGGCGGGUCUCUCAAAAUAUAUAUACAGGAAAUACGGUGAGAAUAAAAGAGGAGAUAAAAUGACUGAAAUUCCAAAAAGAAUGCGGGUGAGGGCAGCUGUUAUGGCGAACAUAAGAGAAGUUCCUGGGAUUCAGGUACUGGCUAAUAUGAUGGCUAAAGGGUCUAAAGCCAUAUGGGGAAAUUGUAUUGGAUAUAUUCUGAUUCCCUUCACCAUUGCCUUGCAAAAAGACCCUCUGGAUUACAUUCGCACGGCUAAAUCCAUAGUUGACCGCAAGAAGCUCUCUUGUGAGGCCAUUUUAUCAUUUCAAACUGCCAAGUUAAUACUCAAACUUUUUGGAAGCAAGGUAGCCGCAGGUAUGACGAAAAGAAUAGUAUCCAACACAACAAUGACGUUCUCAAACAUAGUUGGUCCCCUUGAAGAAAUAAGCUUUUAUGGCCAUCCAAUAGCUUACCUUGCACCUUCUGUCUAUGGCCACCCUCAUGCACUGACUUUACAUUUUCAGAGUUACAUAAAUAAAAUGACAUUUUCUGUAGCGGUUGAUCCAGAUGUGAUCCCAGACCCUCACCAGCUUUGUAAUGACUUGGAGGAAGCUUUGAAGAUCAUCAAAAUUGCUGCGUCUGAGAAAUCUCUUAUUCAACCUCCUCUUUGUCAGUCUGUUCUCUAUUAUUGACUCAGAUAAUUAUAUGUAUAUGUAGAUGCAUAAAAAUUAUUUAUAAAGAUACGGAGACCAUAAUACAUGUGUAAUCAAUUGCUAUUAAGGAGAAUACGGAAUACAUGUGUAAGACAUAAAAUCUAUUGCUCGAGUUAUCUUCCAU